AUGAUAUUUUGUGAUCCAUCCAUUUCGAUUAAUGAUAUGGUUAAGGUGGAUAUUAGAACAAACAAAAUUGUCUCACACCAUAGUUUCGAAGCUGGUGCAGUUGUUUUCAUCUAUUCCGGUUCUAAUCAGGGAAGAGUUGGUGUUAUUAAGAGAAUGGAAGUUCAAACUGAUGGAAAAACCUUCAUUUACCUGGAAGACUCCAAUGGGAAGUUGUUUUCGGUUCUGAUGACAAAGGCUAUCGUUAUUGGAAAUGGUGUCGAGCUGUUGAUUUCUCUUGAUGAACAACAAGAGUCAGCUUCAGUUCAGGAUGAAUAA